CUUUUAAAUUCAUCUUCCAUAGAACCGAACAAACUCCAUUUUUGUUUGACUACAAGUCCCAGUUUCCUCUUGUUUCCUCACACACACACACACACACCAGCGCAUUUCUUGUACCAGGGAACCCACGAGUGCUACUUCGAGUCCAACGGGAGCGAGGCCGGAUCGGGGCCAUCUUCUCCUCCUCCUCCUCCUCCGCGGCUGCGCUUCCUUCUGCGCUACUUCUACGACCGGCAGGAGUACUUGCGCUUCGACAGUGAGCGGGGUGAAUACGAGGCCAUCACGCCGCUCGGGGAGUUCGAUGCCCGGUAUUUCAACAGCCGGAAGGAGAUCCUGGACGACACGCAGAGGAACGUGGGGUCCUUCUGCCGCCACAACUACGGUCCUGCGGAGAGCUUCACCUCGGGGAGGAAGAGUAAGUGGGUGCCUGGCUGGAGGGCAAGAGGGGCAGGAGGGAGCGUGAAUGGGGCAGGAAAGGGGGCGCCUGCCGUCCUUAGAGCUGUGGGGCCCACCAGCGGCUCCCUCCGGGUGAGGGAAGGGAAAUAAGUCGGGAGAGGAGCUCCUUCCUUGCCGGUCUUCACUGUGGAACUGACUCCGUUCCACACAUGUGGCAUUUCAUUUAU